CCCAACGAGAAGCUUGUACUUCUUGACCAUCUGCCCGCGCACCCACGCUUGACCUUAUUACUCCGCAUAGAGGGCAUUGGAGCUGAACAGCUUCGCCCUCACGAUCAAACUUUACCAACAUGGUGGAAGGAGAUUCGAGCUCUCCCACGUGGAAGUUCACACAAUGUUUUGGCGACAAGGGCGACGUUGAGGACAUCACAGAGGCCGAUAUCAUUUCGACCGUCGAGUUCGACCACACUGGCAACUAUCUUGCCACAGGAGACAAGGGCGGCCGUGUCGUAUUAUUCGAGAGAAACGAGACGAAAAAAACCUGCGAGUAUAAGUUCCAUACCGAGUUCCAGUCACACGAACCCGAAUUCGACUACCUGAAGUCUUUAGAGAUUGAGGAGAAGAUCAACAAGAUCAAGUGGUGCCGUCGCCAGAACGCCUCUCAUUACCUACUUUCCACGAACGACAAGACGAUCAAACUAUGGAAGGUGUUUGAGAAGUCGCUGAAAGUUGUGGCCGAGAACAACCUGUCUCAUGAUCUCACACCAGGCAAUGCUGUCGGGGCAGGAGGAGGCGCCCCGAGGCCCAGUCCCUCGCACUCCCACUUCAAGAACGCUACCGAUCUGAAGCUUCCGCGCCUGACACACCAUGAUACGGUCGUGGCCGCCGUUCCCCGACGAACAUAUGCGAAUGCUCAUGCAUACCAUAUCAACAGCAUUUCCGUCAACAGCGAUGGCGAGACUUUUAUCAGCAGUGAUGAUCUCCGUAUCAACUUGUGGAAUCUCAACAUUCAAGACCAGAGCUUCAACAUCGUAGACAUCAAGCCCGCGAACAUGGAGGAGUUGACUGAGGUCAUCACCGCCGCAGAGUUCCACCCCAUGAGCUGUAACUGGUUUAUGUACGCAAGUUCCAAGGGCACGAUCAAGUUGGCGGAUAUGAGAGAAAGUGCGCUCUGCGACAACCACUCCAAGUUGUUUGAACAAGAAGAGGAUCCGUCCUCGCGAUCUUUCUUCUCAGAGAUCAUCUCCUCUAUCUCCGACGUUCGUUUUUCUCACGACGGCAGAUACAUCCUGUCUCGCGACUACCUGACUGUCAAGAUCUGGGACGUAAACAUGGAGCGCCAGCCGAUCAAGACCAUUCCCAUCCAUGAACACCUCCGACCGCGACUCUGUGAUACGUACGAGAAUGACAGCAUUUUUGACAAGUUCGAGGUGGUCUUCUCGGGUGAUGCCAAGAAUGUCAUGACAGGAAGCUACAACAAUAACUUCAUGAUUUACCCGUCGGAUCCCGAGAAGGAGGUGGAGGUGGUUUUGCAAGCGGACAAAUCUGCAUUCAAGGCGAAGAAGGUGGGGGUCGCAACACCUAUUAAUUCGUCAACCAGUCCUACCGCCACAAAUGGCGGUAAGAAGGGCGGAUCUCGUGCGGGUAGCCCAGCUGCGGGAGCUGGUCAGGGACAGCGUAUGCGUAAGGAGACAGACGCCGACCAGAUUGACUUUAACAAGAAGAUUCUGCACAUGAGCUGGCAUCCGUUCGAGGACAGUAUUGCGAUUGCUGCCACCAACAACCUUUUUGUUUUCUCGGCACUAUAGACAAGCGCAAGCCAAGUGCUGGACGAAGCCUUUAGCUGUCUGUCUGACGGCGGCUGUUCCGCUCUCCGAGGGUCGUUGGCUCAAUCAUCC